AUGACACGAUCAAGAAGUUAUAGCCUGCCAACACCACCUCAACCCAGAACACCAAGACGGUUCAGUGCCAGCAGUCUCAUACUGGGUGGUGAGAAAAGGUUCAUAGCAAGUGAUCAUACAGUCGAGCAACUGCUGCUUCUCUGUGACGACGAAGGACAUAUCACGAUCGACACCACCACGACUUCUUCUGACAAUUUUCUACAGGUGGAGACAGAUGCUGGGUGGUGCUACCAGGUCAUAGGCGCCUACCAGUUAGCUACUGUACUCAAUUAUCUCCUCCUUAAACGAGGGGGUCCUGAAACUGGGUUGAAAAGGCUGAAACAAAACCAGAAGACAAUUGCUCCGAGUUCUUGCGUGACACAUAUCUCAAGCGACAAAAUUUUGGAACCCCCACACCAGAGACUUAAAAACCUUGUGGACAAUCAAUUUUGGCACCAAUUGACCAGGUCUAUGGAUACCAAGACGAUCUAUUCUCUAUUGGGGGAUUCAAAAGUGCAGGGUGAAGGAGUUUUGUAUUUACCACAUGCUAGUGAGCAACGCCAAUACUAUGCAAGCCUGGAUGUAAAUUUACAAGAUCUACCCAAGAGAAUCUCACCUGAAUAUGUCCUCAGCAUCAAUUCUAGUCCUGGUGUGCUAGCACUUGCUAUGGACAAAAGCCACAAUCCUUUGCCUUACAUCGUUCCAGGAGGUCGUUUCAACGAAAUGUAUGGCUGGGAUAGCUAUUUCGAGCUCUUGGGUCUUCUCGAAAGCGGGGGGCCUGGGUAUAUUCACAUCGCCGAGUCAAUGUGCUUGCAUUUUUGCUACCAGAUCAAGAAUUAUGGCAAGAUACUGAAUGCCAACAGAAGUUACUAUCUCAGCAGAUCGCAGCCUCCAUUUCUUACAGACAUGGGCCUGAGAGUCUACUGUCGUACUCGCAACAAGGAGUUUCUGAAAGAAAUCUAUAACUCUGCAGUCACAGAAUACAACACAGUAUGGAUGGGAAACCCGAGACUGGACAGACGUACUGGACUAUCGAAGUAUUGCCCAGCAGGGUUAGGUAUUCCACCUGAAGUGGAGACAGGGCACUUCGACGGAGUCCUUGGACCGUACGCGCAGAAGUAUGGGCUUACUUUGGAUGAAUUUGUUCAAGCAUACAACUCUGGUAACAUCGUUCAGCCAGAACUAGAUGAGUACUUUUUGCAUGAUCGAGCAAUUAGAGAGUCUGGUCACGAUACCUCUUACAGAUUAGAAGGCGUCUGUGCUGACCUCGCUACUGUUGACCUGAACUCAUUGCUAUACAAGUAUGAAGUUGACCUUGAGUACAUUGAGCGGGAGCUGAAUCUCAGCCCAUGCGGAUUCUAUGAAGCUGCAGAGAGACGAAAGGAAGCAUUCACGCAAUUCUUGUGGAACUCCGAAGACUCAUGUUUUUACGACUACAAUUGCAAGACCAACGCUCAAAGGAAGUACACCUCGAGCACGGGUCUGUGGCCACUGUGGUCGGGAAUUGCCACUCGCGAACAAGCGAGGGGGAUCGUGUCUACUAUAGCGUCCCUCGAAGAAUAUGGCGGCCUGGCAUCCGGCUCUAAGGCAUCAUUGGAUGAGUUUUCUGGAGGAUCAGGGGUUCCUAGACAAUGGGACUACCCUAAUGGAUGGGCCCCACACCAGGUUUUGGCAUGGCAGGGACUGCAAAACUAUGGAUACGAUAACGUGGCAACUAGACUCGCAUUCAAAUGGUGUGCUAUGAUGGUUCAUUCAUUCAGAGACUACUCCGGGUUGGUGGUGGAGAAAUACAACGUUACCGAUCCUACCAAACCCCAUGUUGUCACAGCUGAGUAUGGAAAUCAGGGAUCCGUAGCCUCAGGCUUUGGAUGGGUCAAUGCUUCCUACGUAGUGGGACUAGGGUACCUGAGCAAUCAGCAACGACAACGAUUAGAGUGGGGUGUGUGGAAGAGACACGAAAAGCUGUAA